CAGCGCUCCUUCCAACAUGCACAAGAAAAUAGGUUGCAAUACUUUACUGUAUAGAAGAGACGAGAAGAGGCAACCUCCGUAAAAUAUACCUGCAAAACGCAAUAGCAAAUACAUUAAAGUUCGAUAUAAGGAGGAUUCAUUUACACGUUUCAUUUUGCCUUUUUAUAAAGACAUUCCAUAUCAUUUUUUUUAAACCAUGCUUCAGAGGAGCGGACUUUUCCUGCUGCUUGCGCUGACUGCGUCUGCCUACGAAUCGGAUCAGAACGAGUCCUUCUCGCCGAGAAGAUCUCGGGUCUCCGCCAGCAGCCCUUCAGAUGUGGCACGCUGUCUCAACAGUGCCCUCCAGGUGGGCUGCAGUGCCUUUGCCUGUCUGGAGAACUCCACCUGUGACACAGAUGGCAUGCAUGAAAUCUGCAAGUCCUUCCUCUACAGCGCUGCUAAAUUCGACACUCAGGGUAAAGCCUUCGUGAAGGAAAGCCUGAAAUGCAUGGCUAGCGGCAUCACCUCCAAGGUCUUCCUUACCAUUCGCCGCUGCUCCACCAUCCAGAGGAUGGUGUCUGAGGUGCAGGAGGAGUGCUACAAUAAGCUGGACAUCUGCACUGUGGCCCGUUCCAACCCGGAGGCCAUCGCUGACGUGGCUCAGCUGCCCAGCCACUUCCCCAACCGGUUCUACAGCAAGCUCCUGCAGAGUCUGAUGGAGUGUAACGAGGAGACCGUGGACCUGGUGAGGACCAGCCUUGUUUCCCGGAUGGGGCCGGAGAUGGCCAUGCUCUUCCAGCUGCUGCAGAGCAAGCCCUGCCUAUCUGGGGAGGACACGGCCCCGGCUGCGAUGGAAACCCGAGGAAACUGGCGCUGGCCCAUGGGCCCACAGAUGCUCAAGGUUCACCCUAACCUGCGAAGCAGGGACCUGGCCAGUGUCUACACCAAGAAACGCGCUAUCGGUGACAACUCCUAACUUGUCUUCGAGUACAUAUGCGGCGUACACUGCAAAUCCUGUGGGGGAAAAAAAAACAGUACUCUCUUCCUUUGGGUGUGUGAGGACAUUUCCUUUCCAAACUUGGAAAACAAGUACCUUUUAAAAAAGUAUAUAUAUUGCUUGUGUUUCAGUCUUAUAUAUUGAUAGCAUAUGAGUGCAUCCUUUGAGUAUCUGGCCACUGAUGUAGAGUUUACUCUUGGUUCAACAGGUGUAUUCAUGCAUUCAAUUAUAAAAUGUAUUUUAUAUAUUUUAAAAAAAACAAACAAAAAAGAAGGGUCAGACUACUUUAUAUUUAAUAGAGUCGUAUCUAUAAAAGAUCAUUUUACUCAUGGUAUGGAGUAUUUCUUACAUAGUACAAUUACAACAGUGGAAAAAAAACAAGAGAUAUAACUAUUUGAAUAUUUAGGGUAAUUGGCCUACACUGUAAAAGAAAAUGCAUUGAGGAACAUUCGAUGAGCAUUUCAUCAGUCCCCAAAGCCCUCAUCAUUUAGCUGUGCUAGACUAUAAAGAGCCAUCUGUCCCCCUGUGUUGUUCUAUGAUUGUAAUUGAACCAUUGGACUUUCACACCAGAUAGGGUUUAUUUAUUUUUCCCUCUUAUUUUUGGAAAGAUGGGAAUCCUAGCAACUUUAUAGGUUAUUGCAGAACACCAAAAAAAUAAAAUAAAAAUGUAGAUAAACCCCCCCCCCCUCAGCGUCAAACUAAAUAUCUCUAAACAUGCUGGAAAAGGUUGGGGUGGUGAUUUAAAAAAAAAAAAAAGUCACAUCAAGAAUUUUAUUUUCCCCAAA